UGAUGUACUCUGCUCUGCUUUGCUCAUUGAUAUUCCCCAUCUCAUCUGCUCUGCAGCUUUGAACUCAAAACGAAAUGAGUAUCAACGUUGCUAUUAUUAUCCUUUUGAUCACCCUUUUGCAUGUGGUUGAAAUACAAGCUGCACCGUUGUUUUCAGGACGAAAUAAUUUCUCGUUUGAUGCAUUCGAGGUGGCGGAUGACAGUUUCUUAAAGCGUCAAGGGGAUUCAUCCAUUAAUUCGGGCGCCCUUCAGCUAACCACAGACACAACCAGCGACCACGACGCCAUCAGUAACCGGUCUGGCCGAGUUAUGUAUUUAAAGCCCUUCAAGCUGUGGUCGUCGUCCGAUGACAAUCAGGCCUCCUUCAACUCAAGUUUCCUCAUAAACAUUAACAGACAGCCCAACUGGACUGCUGGUGAAGGUCUUGCCUUUGUCAUAGCCCCGGAUAUCUCGAUUCCUGCAGCAAGUUUCGGGCAAUGGCUUGGCCUCACCAAUGCUUCCACCAAUGGAAACCAGAGUAACCAGAUUGUGGCUAUAGAGUUUGAUACAGAGAAGCAAGACUAUGAUCCUGAUGACAACCAUAUUGGCCUUAACAUCAACUCUGUUAUAUCAAACAAGACUGUCUCUCUUGGCCCCCAUAAUAUCACAUUGUCCCCUGAAGGAAGCACCAAUCACAAAGUCUGGCUCCACUAUAAUGGCAGCUCCAAGCUAAUGGAAGUUUACAUGGUGAGAGACGGGGAACCGAAGCCCCAAAAACCUCUUCUCAGCGAGACCAUAAACCUGAAAGACCAUGUGAAUCAACAAUCCUACUUUGGGUUUGCUGCUUCUACUGGUAAUUUUCCAGCUAUUGAGUUGAAUUGUGUCUUGAAAUGGAGCUUAGAGGUAGAUGUUCUAAAGGAGGAAAGUGAUUCGAUUUCGUUGAAGAUAGGUCUGGGGGUGGGAGUCCCUGCAGGUGUGAUAUUGUUGGUUCUAUGUGGUGUUCUAUAUGUGAAGAAACGAAUAAGAAGAAGUGAGGAUGAGGAUGUGGAGUCUAACUUUUUUGAUAAGAGCUUGAGUUGGUUGCCUGAGAUGCCCAAGGAAUUCAAGUAUAAUGAUAUAAAGAAGGCUACCAACAACUUCCAUGAGAGUAUGAGGCUGGGAGAAGGUGGGUUUGGGAUUGUUUACAAAGGAAUUCUGAAUAUCAAGGAUGAUAAUACUGCUACUGAAAUAGCUGUAAAGCAAUUCUCCAGAGACAAAAUCAAAGGCAAAGAUGAUUUCUUGGCUGAGCUCACCAUUAUUUAUCGCCUUCGCCAUAGAAAUCUUGUUCGCUUAAUUGGGUGGUGCUAUGACAAGGGGAAGCUACUAUUGCUGUACGACUUUAUGCCAAAUGGUAGUCUUGACAAACACCUAUAUGAGGCUUCCAACCACAACACUUUGAAUUGGGAACGUCGAUACAAGAUAUUAGCUGAUGUAGCAUCAGCACUGCAUUAUUUGCACAAUGAGUAUGACCAGAAGGUUGUGCACCGUGACCUCAAAGCCAGCAACAUCUUGCUCGACUCUGACUACAAUGCUCGCCUGAGCGACUUUGGCCUUGCUCGAGCCUUAGACAAUGGAAGGAACUCUUAUGCCGAACUAGGAUUACCUGGAGUCGCCGGCACCAUGGGCUAUGUUGCUCCGGAGUGCUUCCACACAGGGAAAGCUACACCGGAAUCCGACGUGUUCGGUUUUGGUGCAGUGGUACUCGAGGUAGUGUGUGGGAGAAGUCCAGCGACCGGGAUCGAUCACGAUCAACGUUUCUUUUCCUUGGUUGAUUGGGUCUGGAUGUUACAUCGUGAUGGCAAGAUUCAAGAAGCCGUAGAUGAGAGGCUUGGCAAUGAGUAUGUGGUUGAUGGAGCAGAAAGGCUUUUACUUUUGGGACUCGCAUGUUCACAUCCCAUUCCAAGCGAGAGGCCUCAAGCACAGGCUAUAUGCCAGAUCAUAGGUGGAACUAUGUCGGUCCCCCGUGUACCCCCUUUCAAACCCCUCUUCACAUGGCCUUUGAUGGAUGCUCCCAGCAGCAGUACCACUGAGAGUACAUUUUCUACUUCAACAUUGUCUUCCAAAGGUUGUUCUGUAACCAACAUGAGCAGCGAGUAACCUUAUUGCAGAAGCCUUCAGCUCAUCCCAGAGUUCAUGUCUUCAAUUAAGCUCCUGGAAUUAGUAGGCACUUUUCUUUUGCAGUAUAAUGUGAGGUUUUUCUUUUUGUUUUUUGAAAGAUACCCAUUUGUUCAUAAUAUCUCCUCAAUUCUCUACAAAUUCAACCUUAGCCUUAUUACCUGCAUGUUCUUGUAAGAUUCAUGCUUGCAAUAUAGGCUAAUGGGUACUCAUAUCCCAUGUAAUCUUUUUUUUUUUUUUUUGAAUGCAGUUUUGAUUGUUGUUGACUUAAUAUGAAGUUGGAAGGAACAAAAUUUAUU